AUGACCACUAGGAGACAGACUGAUCCCAUUCAUGUAGUUAGAAUAUGGAAUGCUAUUAGAACAGCAAACCAGCAACGCAUCGCUGCAGAUGUGACAAAAAUCACAAAGUUUUUGCAAAAUUUAGAAAGUGGUUAUACUGCAGAAAAAGUUGAUCUCUAUAUCAAACAAGCACUCAAUGAUAAGUUAAUUUGCCCAGUGAAGAAAAGUGAACCAAAUAACACAUACAAAAUUCCUAUGCAGGAAGAACCAAUCAGUGAUGGUAAAGACUGGUACUGUUUUGAAUGUCAUUUAGCGGAUGAAGUCAUAGAAUGCACCAAAUGCUGUCGUGUAUUUCACAGGAAUUGUAUUAGGGCGGCCAGAAGAAGAUUUGACACCCACAGAGGAAUAUUGAACUUUGCCAAUCAUAAAGUGCUUCAAAGGGUAGAAAAAUCAAAAGAGGUACAACCAGGGACGUCUUCAGACCCCGACACAAUUGUCCUUGACGAUGAACCUGAGAAAAGUGGUAAAGCGGAGAGUUCGUCGAAUUCAACAACUUUCGAUGAAAGCAAGUGUUCAAUAUGUAAUACAGAAAAAAUAGACAUAUCUGCUGUCAUGGACAAGGCCGAACUUAAUUAUGUACUGAAAUUUGUUUUAAAUAGGAUUAGAAAUUGGCUACCAAAAAAUAUAACGCGAACAAUGGCACCAGAAGAUCAGCCUGAGUGGAUGUCAGAAUCUGAAUUGGCAUGGAGAGCGAGCCAGUUAUUUUGUGAAUAUACUGAUAUGUCUGUGAUUGAGGUCAAGCUGAACACGGAGACUUACACGAAGUUUGCUGAAUUUUUAGGAGACAUUUUAACGGUUCAACAUAAUAUUACAAUUUUCCACGGAAAUCAGUCGCAAGAAUAUGGUGCUGCAGAACUUAUGGUCAGAGACACGCUGCACGAUCUGACUGAACUGACAAAUUGCGUUGAUUGUUAUAAACAUAGUAAUGAAAAAAUUAAUGCAAAAUGGUUUUGUUUGCCGUGUAGAGUACCUCAUGAGCUAGUGUGGGCAAAGCAGAAAGGUUACCCUUACUGGCCUGCAAAAAUUAUUAGGGUAAUAGAGUCAAACUAUGACGUGAGAUUUUUUGGUGGAAAAUAUGAAAGAGCUACACUUAAAGUUAAUUGUAUAAAAGAUAUAGACACACCGAGAGAACAACUGAUGAUAAAACCAUCUGCUACAGCGGAUAAAGCUCUUGAAGAACUGCGAUAUCAUCAGCGCCUGAUAAAUGAUCCUGUAGAAGUAGAAAGAUUAACAUCAGAAUCCAAGCAGAAACGCAAAUCAUUGCCCAAGCCCCAACCUAGUUUAUUCAAAUCACCUGCUAAAACCCCUGUUAAACCGAGUAAAAUCAGGACUAGUAUUCCAAGUACUAGUAAACAGUCCACAAGUAAAAAGUCUAAGAGCAAGCCCUCAACAAGUUCCUCCAAAAACUCUCCAAACGUCUCGAGUACCCGGGCUCCUAAAAGAAGGCUAAGUGAUACAAAUAAUACGGCACAUAGUGGUACAAAUAAAAUAGUUGAUGUUAUAUCUGAGGAAAACAAAAAAAUUAGGACAUCAACUGCAGAAGCCAAUUCUACUAAUGUGAUAGAUAUUUCGGAUGGAGAGAUCGAAGACUGUGAAGAAUAUUCAUAUAGACAAAAUAAUGUUACUACAGAAUCUUUCAGUAGGGAGGAAUCUUACGAGCAAGUCACAAGUUCUACAACAGAAAACUUUGGCAAAUCUGGUGAAUCGGGUAUGCUGCCUCUAGAUCAACCAUAUAGUGAUUCUGUUGAGAAGAUGCGAAGAAAACUAGAGGAUCUUCCCAAUACAAAGGAAAUAAUAAAAUGUGCUAUGGAUUGUAUGCAAAUUGAAAUAGAUAAAAUUGGCAGUGAUCAUAAUGAGUACAUAAAAAGAUUAUUUGAAUCUCAUAACCAGCAAAUUUCUGAUGUCAAGAAAAAGCAAUGGUGUUAUAACUGCGAACAAGAAGCCAUUUACCACUGUUGUUGGAAUACUGCAUAUUGUUCUCAAACUUGCCAACAGCAACAUUGGAUAGCCGAACAUAAGAGAGUAUGUCGUCGUAAACGUUGA